AUGCCGAGCGCUUCAUCGCCUAUAACCUUUCCCGCAAGCUCCUCACCACCAGCUGCGAAACGCGCGAGGCCUACAGCUGCUGAGCAUACGAGACCGAAACCGAAGGUCAACAGCGGAUUCCUCCUCGACGACGACUCUGAUGAUGACGAUAAUGAACAACAACCCCCGCUGAAGAAGCAAAUCGUCGAUUUCAGCGCCCGCCUGCAACGUCCAGCGCCAGUCACAACGAUCUCAGUAGAAGAUAUACUCGAGCCAACAGCGCCAGCGCCUCAGAAGACUAGCAAUUCCGUCGCAGCCCAGCCUUCACAGACUGUACCCCUCGAAAGCCCAUCAGGUCUCGCUUCGACACUCCUCAGCUCAACCCCAUCUUUUUUUAAGUCCUCCCGAACCUUUAAACUUACAACAUGCACCGGGUCGUCUGCCACUAUCAACCAACGGAAGCCGACGACGAACACCUCGUACGAGAACAUCAUUGCUGCACGGUCCAAGACGAAGGAAGGAAAGGCGAAACGCGCAUACUACGGCAUAGACAUCAAUGAGCUCAUUGAUACCGCGAAACAAGAAGCCACUGAGCUCCGUCAAUCACAGAGAAAGGAGAGUGAUGUGCCAGUCCGCUCGGUGGAACCACUGAAUACCAGCAAACAACAUAAGAAGACACUCUUGUGGACCGAGAAAUAUAGGGCCAAGAAUUUCCUGGAUCUUUGUGGUGACGAUGGCACGAAUCGAAUGGUCCUCCGCUGGCUAAAGCGCUGGGACCCGAUCGUAUUCCCCGGUAUUGCGAAGAAAGCACCCAUCGUGCGGAGACCCGGGACGAAGCAGGUUCAGGAGGAGGAAAAGCCACACAAGAAGAUACUGAUGCUGACGGGGCCACCUGGCCUCGGAAAGACUACAUUGGCGCAUGUCUGCGCCAGGCAAGCAGGGUACGAAGUGAUGGAGAUCAACGCCAGUGAUGACCGAAGCCGAGACGUGGUCAAGAACCGAAUACGAACCUCCCUGGGGACUGAAAGUGUCAAGACAGUUGAGAACGUCAAGACCAAGGACGGGGAAACACAGCAAAAAGUCGCCAAGCCGGCCUGCGUAAUUGUCGAUGAAGUCGAUGGAGUUGUUGGCGGUUCCGGCGCUUCAGGAGAGGGUGGCUUCGUCAAGGCCCUCAUUGACCUGGUGCUUCUUGAUCAGAAGAAUAGCGCUGGUGCCUCCAACGGCUCAAGUCGGAAUAAGAAAAAGGGUGAUGAUUUCCGGUUGAUGCGGCCGCUCAUUCUCAUCUGCAACGACGUUUACCACCCCUCCCUCAGACCCCUUCGGCAAUCCGGCAUGGCAGAGAUUAUCCACGUAGGCAAGCCAGGCAUCGAUGCUGUCGUCACGCGGCUCAAAACUGUGUUUGACAAGGAAGGCAUUCCCUGUGAAAAGGAUGCCGCACGCAAGAUCUGCGAGGCAGCCUGGGGUAUGACAAGUGGUAUCGACGCAAAGCGCGGCGCAGAAAGCGGAGCAGAAGGUGAUCUCCGAGGAGUCAUGGUUGUUGGUGAAUGGGUCGCAGGCCGAUUCAAGGCUGCAGCCGGAUUCAACGACCGAUUGACGAGGCAGUGGCUCGACCAGAAUGUGCUCCAUGACCUAACCAACGGUGCUGGAGGAGCGAGAGGGCUUGGGCGUGGCAGCGCGAAAGACAUCGUAACGCGUGUCUUCCAGGAGGGCGGCGGUUUCCCGAAGCAAGCCUUGGACACUUCUCAAAACUUCAAGCACAAGCACGAACAGCCCAAAAGUCAGCUUGGCUUUGCAGAGUAUCACAAGAAGAACGCGAUGGAACGGUUGCGACACAUGAUUGACACCAGCGGAGAGGUCGACCGGAUCAUGACCGACAUUUUUCUGGAGUAUCCCAACCGGGAAUUCAACGAUGACUCUUUCCUAUCCAAGCCAAACGCCGCGUACGACUGGAUGAACUUUUUGGAUACCUGUUCAUCACGCACCUUUGGCAGUCAGGAAUGGGAGCUAGCGCCCUACCUCAGCCAGCCGAUUCUGGCCUGCCAUAGCCUGUUUGCCUCGUCCCGCCGACAUCAGGUCACCCUGGGAUAUGACAAGAAAUGGGGCGGUGGAGAGGAGGACAAUGAGCCGCCCGUACCGUUCUCUGGUCCUCGAGCCGACUUCGCCGCCCACGAAGCGCAGAAGCAGAACAAAGCCAUGCUCCAGGCUAUUCAGGCACAGCUCACUCCUACGCUGGGACGGUCAUUCCGGAGUGUCGAGGAUAUAUCCACGGAGUUCAUGCCGUACUUGGUCCGCAUGGUGUCGCCGGACGUCAAGCCUGUCGUUAUUGGCGGCAGCGGCACCAGUACAGCUAGCGUGCGAAAGGAAACGGAGAAGGUCAUGGUUAAGCGGGCCGCCGAGGUCAUGGCCGAGGUCGGGAUCGUCCUGCAAAAGGGCAAGAUAGAGACCGACUCGUUGGUGAACAGGGGCCGCAGUGGGUGUACCGUAUGGAACCGUGAGUUGAGCCCCAAUGACCUUGACGCCCUCGCGGUGUAUGAGACGGCAGGCAACCUGGUGCUCUCCAGUCAGGCCCCGACGCGCUAUGCUGUGCGCCAGGUGCUGGAUCAGGAGCUGCAAAAGACCAUUAUCCUACGCGAAGCUGCGGCCCGCCAGGCGCGGUUCAAGGCAGGUGGUCCCAUGGGACUCGAAGAGAUCCCUGUGCACGACAACAAGGAGAAUAUUCUCAAGGAGCAGGCGAGAAUUCUCGAGUCGAGUGUGAAGAGAGACUUUUUCGGGCGUAUCAUACCCACGCUGCCAUUGGGUGAGGUGGACGGGAACGCGAAGAAGAGGAAGGAACAGGGACAUGAGAAGAGCGAUAACAAGGUUUGGGUUACGUACCAUGAAGGUAUGAAUAAUGCUGUCAGGAAACCGAUUACGCUGCAGGAGUUUUUGAAGGGGAUGUAG